GAUUCUUGCUUUAACCAUUGAUUGCGUAACAGCUUCACCCUAAUUUCCAUUAAAGUUUGCUACUUAAGCGCCUAUUGAGUUUUCCUUUGUUCAUAUUUUCUUGUCCCUUUUGUCCUUAAGAAGGUUCUCAUAAUACUGAAUUUUCUUACCUUAGCAGGAUUCCAGCAUCUUUGUCUUUAUCUUCUUCUUUCCCUGAAAUUUAUACUUGAAAUUAUGCUGAAAGAUUCAGUAACCAAGGUUACCAUAACAUCAGCUGCUAACCGUGGCGUCUAUGAGUUGCUGAGUUUGAACUCUCAGAACAAGAAUAGUCACCAUCGUAAAACUUCCUUUUCUUCAUACUUGGACCGAAUUGAAGGCACUUUUGAGAAAAAACUUGCAGAUUCAAGCAAAAAAGUCAACUCCUUUACCGACAGCAGAGAGGAUUAUCCCGUUCAUAUGGUACAAAAAAAGGGAGAAGAUGAAGAAAUUGGGGUAUUUUCAGCUGAAAAGUACUUCAAUGGAGGAGUGGAGGAUGGUCCAGGAGUUUCAAACAACAUGCCCGCUAGAAAGUUUCAGUAUCAUCAUCGUCAUCCUCAUCAGAAAGAAAAACAAGAAGCAGAUCUAGAAGAAACCAGAAAGAGCAAAGUUCUCCCUAUAGGAACUCCCAGUGUUCAUUCUGAAUCAAGUUGGAACAGCCAAAGUGCAUUACUGAGAACUGCUUUGAAGAAUUCUUCCAGGAAUAGUAGAAAAAAGGUUCAGGGUAAGAGUCUCUUAUCUAAUCUUGGCUGCAAAUGCUCCUGUUCCGAUAAGGAUUCUGUUGAUGUCAGAGGAACCGCUUCCUGCGAAAUCAGCUUCGGCAAAAAUGCUUCUUUCGGUGUAACUCAUGGGAAAACAUCAAGUCCAAAAAAAUCCUUUGAAACUGUUUAUGCUGGUCUUGCAAACAAGCCGGAGAAUAUGAAAAUUCCACCAGAAUAUGAAUUGGAGAAACCAACGAAAUCUCUGGAGCUAUUUGGCUCAUCUAUAUUGGAAUGCAGAAGCAAGUCCUUGAGCUUUGAUAAAAGGCUCACAGCGCCUUCUUCAUCGUCAUGGAAUCCUCCCAAAUCAGGGGAAAUAGACUUGUCUGCAAAUUCAGGUGGGAACAACAUUAAUGACGCUGCUAGUGAUGCAAGUUCUGAUCUUUUCGAGAUUGAAAGCUUCACAGGAGCCAAAUCAAAGCCUUACCUUGCAAGUCAAGCAUCUGAUGCUGCUAACUCAGGCUGUGUCACCCCUACGACUUGCUAUGCACCGAGCGAGGCUAGCAUAGAUUGGAGUGUGGUCACUUCUAGUGCAGCAGAACAAUCAGUCUUACCAGAUUUUGAAGAGCAAAGAUCAGUAACUACUAUGAUGAGUCCUAUCAGAUCGUCAACAUUUGGUUCUUCCACAAAUGGGAAAAGUAAAGCUAAUAGAGAUAUGCAGAGAAGGAGAUCUAGCAAUCUUUUGGGCUGCAAGAGUCAUAGAGCUGUGAGGGUUGCUGGGGAUGCCUUCAUCAGACAUCAGAAAGCAAGUCCUAACGUUCCACAAGUCAAAAAGAUGGGAAGUUUUGAUCCAAAACAUGGCGACCAACAUGUUUAUGGCUCACAGCAAAGGAGGCAGAGGUCACACACUCCCAGUGCUUCACAACUUCUCUACGAUUAGCAAAAGGGCUUGGUUUCUUUUUGUGAUCUUGCGUUAUGCUUUUGUUGUUUGUUUGAUUCCUAUCUUUCCUUUCCAAAUUCGUACUUUCUUAUUUGAAACUUUGUAUGCAUGGCGUGCACACCAUAUCACAGAAACAAAGAUGGAAUGUGAAAUAAAUGAUGAAGUACUUCUUUGAAUAUUUUCUCAUCAAGAGCCUUCUUG